GUUAAGGUCCCUCUCUUUCUUUCUCUCAUUUUUCUUGGAACGUCUUUUGUCAUGAAUUAUGUCAUGAGUUAGACUAAUAGGCACCAUAUGAUCACGUGCCACAAAACAUCACAGAAGAUUAUCAUUGGGAAAGAAGAUCCAACUUCUUCCUUCGUGCCGCAGUAUAUAAAAUAGCCAAAUAUAAGUGUCUAUAGGUCAAACAUGAACUUUAUUCCGAGAGCGUUGCUUCAUUGUACUUCUAGCUUCAUCAACCGAAUGGAGCAUCUGAACUAUCAAUUUCAUAGCUGAUGAUUUGCUUUUAUUCUCCUCCGAUCUUAUAAGCAUGACAUAAACUAACAUGAUCAACAUUCUUAUACUUGUGCGGGCAGUCAAAUUGUAUGCCACCGUAUGCCUCUAACUAAUUUAUCGUACUCUCUAGAUUGUGUGCGUUGGGUAUCGUUUGCAUGACAAACUUAAUUGAACCCUCGCUAGCUUGUUAGGUGCUUAUUUAGAAACUCGUUUUAUUAGUUCAGCUGCAGAAAAGUUGUUUUUACCGAAUAUUGGUAAACCAAAUCGAGCCCUCUAUUGGGCAUAUUGGACCCCCAACGUGGUAUUAGUCAACUGCCUCCAUUCCUGGAAGCUGCAGAUUCUAUUAUGUGGGCUAGAGCGUGGGCGUCAGUUCCCUGAAAGUGACCAUCCAGGCCUGAUGCAUGGUCAGUUCCUUUGAAUGUUCAAAUGCAGAUAAGUCAAAGUCACCAUCAAAGCAUCAAUCAGCCAGCUGUAAUGGAUACGCGGGAACCCGCCUUUAUUGGUGAUUUUGACGCUGGCAUAGUGUUUUGAUUAUCUGGUCAAAUGUGUCACUCUCUACCAGGGCUAGCUCCGGUGGGUGCAAGUCUGACUUGGACUGCCUGUGAGGCUGUGAGGCAAAGGCACUGGCAUGAUUACAGCCCUGAAACUUUUAGUGUUUAAGGAGUUGAAACCCUGUAGCAGCAUGAAUUUCACUUUGGAUUGAUAUUUUCCUUUUAGGAUUGAGACAGAAACUCACCUUAAAUAGACGGGUGGUACUUGUUCAGGCCGUCAGUUGGGGCUCCUACCUCUGCAACCAUGGUUCCUGCUCUUCCAACACACCUUGCCACUGUCUCCCUUCUCUCCUUUUUCACGUUAGUCUCGAGCGCUGCGAAUCGAGACAUACUGCGACCGGGAACCUCCCUCGCCGUUGAAGCCUACCAAAGUGAAAUCCUGCAAUCACCGGAUGGCAGCUUCUCCUGUGGCUUCUACGGCGUCUACGGCAACGCCUUCACCUUCUCAAUAUGGUACUCCAAGGCAGCCAACAAGACCGUCGUCUGGAGUGCGAACCGCGACCGCCCCGUCCACUCCAGGAGGUCAGCCCUGACCUUGCACAAGGAUGGCAACAUGGUCCUCACAGAUUACGAUGACGCGGUUGUGUGGCAAGCUGAUGAUGAUGGCAACUCCCGCAGAAAUGUUCAGCAUGUUCAGCUGCUGGACACUGGGAAUCUCGUAAUGAAGAACACCAGCGGCAGGAUAAUAUGGCAAAGUUUCGAUUCACCGACAGACACGCUCCUACCAGCCCAGCGCAUCAUGGCUGCGACAAACUUGGUCCCAACAACCCAGUCGCAUGCUCCUGGUAACUACAUCUUCCGUUUCAAUGAUAUAUCAGUGCUGUCACUUAUAUACGAUGUUCCCGAGGUUUCGGAUAUAUACUGGCCAAACCCUGAUAACAGUGUGUACGAAAAUAACAGAAGCCGGUAUAACAGUACUAGAUUGGCAAUUCUAGACAAUAAUGGGAUCCUUGCAUCUAGUGAUUUUGCUGAUGGAGUGCUACUUAAGGCCUCUGAUGCAGCGCCGGGGAUUAGGAGAAGGCUAACUCUUGAUCCUGAUGGUAAUCUCCGGCUGUACAGCCUGAACGACUCAGAUGGGAUGUGGUCAGUUUCAAUGGUAGCAAUCUCCCAACCUUGUACUAUCCAUGGUAUAUGCGGUCAGAAUGGAAUCUGUCAUUACUCGCCUGAACCAACGUGUUCAUGCCCACCGGGUUAUGUGAUGACCAACCCGGGUAACUGGACCCAAGGCUGCACGGCUAGUUUCAACAUACCAUGUCAUGAUCAGGAACCUAUGAAGUUUGUGAAACUCCCGCACACGGAUUUCUGGGGAUCUGAUCAGAAGCGCCUUCUGGGAGUUUCCUUUGAGACUUGUAGGAACAGUUGCAUCAGUGACUGCACCUGCAAAGGCUUUCAAUACCAGCAAGGUGCAGGGUCAUGCUACCCGAAAGCUCUUCUUUUCAAUGGAAAGAGCUGUGCGACACCCAGCGUGCGAACAAUAUAUCUCAAACUUCCUGCCAGGUUGAAUGUUUCAGAUACACCUAUUCCUCAGUCCAAUGUAUUGGAUCCUGCGCCUCCUCGUCUCGACUGCAAUCAGAUGAGCAGAGGAAUCAGAUAUCCAUUUCCAGAUUUGCACAAAACUGGAGAUGAAGAAUUAAAUUGGUUGUACUUCUACAGUUUCAUAGUUGCAAUUUUUGUUUUUGAGGCUUCUUUCAUAACAUUCGCAUGGUUCUUUGUCUUGAGAAGAGAGAUGAGGCCAUCAGAAAUGUGGGCUGCUGAGGAAGGUUACAGGGUGAUGACUAGCCAUUUUCGAAGAUACAGUUACAGAGAGCUUGUUGAGGCAACAAGAAAGUUCAGAGUUGAGCUAGGAAGGGGAAGCUCAGGCACUGUGUAUAAAGGUGUCCUAGAAGAUGAAAGGCCAGUGGCUGUGAAGAAGCUGGAAAAUGUAAGUCGAGGCAAGGAAGAGUUUCAAGCUGAGCUGAGCGUAAUUGGGAGGAUCUACCACAUGAAUUUGGCCAGAAUAUGGGGGUUUUGCUCAGAAGGGUCACACAGGCUGUUGGUUUGUGAGUACGUGGAGAAUGGAUCCCUGGCAAACAUUUUGUUCAAGGACCAAAAAACUGUCGUGCUGGACUGGAAGCAAAGGUUUAAUAUCGCAUUGGGUGUCGCGAAAGGAUUGGCCUAUCUUCACCAUGAGUGCUUAGAAUGGGUCAUCCAUUGUGAUGUGAAACCUGAGAAUAUAUUGUUGGACACAAACUUUGAGCCUAAGAUCACUGACUUUGGGUUGGCAAAGUUGCUAAACAGAGGCGGAGCCACACAGAACAUGUCACAGGUGCGAGGAACGAUAGGUUACAUAGCUCCUGAGUGGGUUUCAAGCCUCCCAAUCACGGCGAAAGUCGAUGUUUAUAGUUACGGAGUUGUUUUGCUUGAGCUUUUAUCUGGGACAAGAGUUUCAGAGCUGGCCGUAGGUUCAGGUGCAGAGGUGCAUAGCAUGCUGCAGAAGCUUGUCAGGGUGCUUGCUGAUAAACUGGGAGGACAUAAAGAAUCAUCGAUUAAUGAAUUUGUUGACCCUGAAUUGGGUGGACGAUUCAGCUAUGUCCAAGCAAGAACAAUGCUCAAGUUGGCUGUUUCCUGCUUGCAGGAAGAUAGAAACAAGAGGCCAACCAUGGAAUCUGUAGUCCAGACUCUCCUGCCGUUUGACGAAGCUAGUAGUUAGUGCUUGGACUACCAUUUUUUGUGGAAUGUAUGAAUAAGGUGAAGAAGGGUACUUGAUUGCAAGGUCAAGGAUGUAUAAUAGUUGCCAGUUGCCACUGUGAUGCAUUUAAACAUUGGAUAGAUUGGGUCCAGCCGUCGAGGUCACAGCGGUGAAAUUUCCAUGUUUUUCGUGCUAAUUUCGAGUUUGCAGAUAUCAUGUUAAUACAAAAGUUUGACAUAGUUU